GUUAUCUAUAUAUUACAAUAUCUAGGGUUUCUCAUCCGCCUAGUGCAGUUGCAGUAGCCGCAGUUGGAGUAGCACCAGUUGGGGAAGAAGAGAAUGUCUCACAGGAAAUUUGAGCACCCAAGGCACGGUUCCCUUGGAUUUCUUCCAAGGAAAAGAGCAGCUCGUCACCGCGGAAAAGUGAAGGCUUUUCCCAAGGAUGACGCCAGCAAGCCAUGCAGGUUGACUGCCUUUUUGGGUUACAAGGCUGGAAUGACACACAUUGUCAGAGAGGUCGAGAAGCCAGGAUCUAAACUUCACAAGAAGGAAACAUGUGAGCCUGUGACCAUCAUUGAGACUCCUCCAAUGGUAAUUGUUGGUGUUGUUGGAUAUGUGAAGACCCCACGUGGUCUCCGCACUCUGGGCACUGUAUGGGCACAGCAUUUGAGUGAGGAAUUAAGGAGGAGAUUCUAUAAGAACUGGUGCAAGUCAAAGAAGAAGGCUUUCACUAAAUACUCGAAGCAAUAUGAAACUGAUGAGGGAAAGAAGAGCAUCCAGGAGAAGCUUGAGAAGCUUAAGAAAUAUGCAUCUGUGAUCCGUGUCUUGGCCCAUACUCAGAUUACCAAGAUGAAGGGAUUGAAGCAAAAGAAAGCACACAUGAUGGAGAUCCAGGUCAAUGGUGGUACAAUUGCUCAGAAGGUGGACUAUGCAUAUGGGUUCUUUGAGAAGCAAGUUCCAGUAGAAGCUGUAUUCCAGAAGGAUGAGAUGAUUGACCUUAUCGGUGUGACCAAGGGUAAAGGUUAUGAAGGUGUCGUCACUCGUUGGGGUGUUACUCGUUUGCCCCGUAAGACUCACAGGGGUCUUAGGAAGGUGGCUUGUAUCGGUGCUUGGCAUCCUGCCAGAGUGUCGUUCACUGUUGCCAGGGCUGGUCAGAAUGGUUAUCACCACCGAACUGAAAUGAACAAAAAGAUCUACAGAGUUGGAAAGACAGGACAGGAAACACAUACCGCUAUCACUGAAUUUGACAGGACUGAGAAGGAAAUUACUCCAAUGGGUGGGUUCCCUCACUACGGUAUUGUUAAGAGUGACUACUUGAUGAUCAAGGGAGGCUGUGUUGGACCCAAGAAGAGGGUGAUUACCCUUCGUCAAUCUCUUCUCAAACAAACUUCCCGUGUGGCUCUUGAAGAGAUCAAACUUAAGUUCAUUGAUACAUCCUCCAAGUUUGGUCAUGGACGUUUCCAGACUACCCAGGAGAAACAGAAGUUCUAUGGUCGUGUCAAGGCCUAAGUUUAUUAUAUCUACCAUCCUGGUUCUGGUCAUUUUAUAUCGUCCGUGAAUUUUUGUUCUUUAUUUCUGUUGUUUUAGGAUUUCGAGUAGCUGAGGUGUUUUGUUACUGAAACUUAAAUUUUGAACUAUAGCUUUCUAGUAAUCGAACAUGAUUUCUCUUGCUACCGUGUUGAAAUUUCAUUUAUUAUUGUUCUUGUUA